AUGAACAGAUCAGCUCCUUUCCAAGCAUUCCUACAGAACUUUUGGUUCAUUUCUUCCUUAGCUAUUGGAUCUAUUUAUGCAACAAAAUCAUGGAUUGAAUAUAAUAGAGAAAAACAAUUUAUUCCUGAACAUUUUACAAAUGAUGAAAAUAAUGAAAAUGAUAUAAAUUCUGGUAAAUCUGUUCAAGAUAAUAUUGCUAAAAUUAAACCAGGUUUUGCUGAAAGUACUGGUGAAUAUAAAAGAAAAUCUGAAUUUGAAGGUGCUGGAAAUUCUUAUUCUUCAAGAAGAGGUGGUGAUAGAUUUAGUGGGAUAUUAGAUUUUGGUGGUUCAACAAAAAAUUAA